GGGUCAGAGCCAAACGAUGUCUUGUGAUAAAACUGACUGACCGUCACGCAGUUUGCCUGAUCUUCAAGCUCAAAACAACCUCGGAUUUGUUGGUUUUUAUUUUCCUACUGACUUAGAUCGUUUUGCCAAAAUUCAUCGGGAAGGAGAUGUCUCAGUGAUCGGCUGUUUUGUUUAUGACAGAUCAGCACGAUGUCAGGGAACAAUCUGGUUCUACCCAUUGUUCUAUGGGGCCGCACCGCUCCAACCCACUGUAUCAGCAGCCUGUUGGUGAUGGACGACUUCAGCACAAUCAUCACUGGUUGCCACGAUGGACAGAUCUGCCUUUGGGACCUGACGUCAGAGCUGGAGAUUUGUCCCAGAGCCAUGUUGUUUGGUCAUACAGCCUCCAUCACCUGUCUGUCGAAAGCCAGCGCCUGCUCAGAUAAACAGUACAUUGUCAGUGCAUCAGAGAGUGGGGAGAUGUGUCUAUGGGAUGUAAAUGAUGGUCGCUGUAUUGAAUUUACAAAACUGGCUUGUGCUCACACCGGCAUACAGUUCUAUCAGUUCACGGUCAGCACGCAGCGAGAAGGUCGUCUGCUGUGUAAUGGCCACUACCCAGAGAUUCUUGUGGUGGAUGCCACCAGUUUGGAGGUGCUAUACUCGCUGGUGUCCAAAAUAUCCCCCGACUGGAUCAGCUCCAUGAGUAUUAUCCGAUCACACCGCACGCAAGAGGAUACAGUCGUGGCAGUGUCGGUGACGGGCAUUUUGAAAGUCUGGAUCAUCACAGCAGAGGUCAACAGGAUGCAGGACCUGGACCCGGUGUUUGAAGAAGAAUCCAAACCCAUAUAUUGUCAGGGCUGUCAGAGUAUUUCCUUCUGUACGUUCACUCAGAGCAGCCUGCUGGUGGUCUGUUCCAAGUUCUGGAGGGUUUUUGAUGCAGGUGACUAUUCGCUGCUCUGCUCCGUGCCCAGUGACAAUGACAAGGCUUGGGCUGGCGGAGAGUUCAUUGCAGCCGACAAAGUCAUCAUCUGGACUGAAGACGGCUGUAGUUACAUCUAUAACCUACCGGCCAGCUGUCUCCCCGCGAGUGUACAUUUCCGAAGCGAUGUGGGCAAAAAAGAAGGCUCAAUACCGCCGCUGGUCUACACCAUCGAAAAUCUAACAGACAAACAGCUCCUGAUAUGUCCUCCCGUGACUUGCUUCUUCUUUGGUCGACGGGAGCCCUUCCACAAGCUACUGAUCCAGGGAGACUCUGCGGGCAGACUGUCUUUGUGGAGCAUCCCGGACUCUUCGCCUCCACGGUCACUGUCCACUCCGGCGGAACUGCAGGUGUCAUCCACCACCAGUCUCCAAGAGGCGUUUGAUAAAUUGAUUCCUGUGUCCUCUGGUAUCAUUGACCAGCUCAGCCUCCUCCCAAGCAAAGAGGAACCGAUUAAGGUGACGGCCAGCGUCUACAUCCCCUCCCAGGGUCGACUGGUGUGCGGAAGAGAAGACGGCAGCAUUAUUUUGGUUCCUGCUACUCAGACUGCCAUCGUUCAGUUGCUGCAGGGAGAACACAUGCUUAGAAGAGGAUGGCCACCCCAUCGCACGCUACGAGGUCACAGGAAUAAGGUGACGUGUGUCCUGUAUCCGUACCAGAUCUCGCCCCGCUACGACCAGCGCUCUUUGGUGUCAGGAGGGGUGGACUUCUCUGUCAUCGUGUGGGACAUUUUCACUGGAGAGAUGAAGCACAUUUUCUGUGUCCAUGGAGGAGAGAUCACCCAGCUCAUCGUCCCUCCAGAAAACUGCAGCACCCGGGUGCAACACUGUGUCUGCUCUGUGGCCAGUGACCACUCGGUUGGCUUGCUCAGUCUUCGGGAAAGGAAGUGCAUCAUGCUUGCUUCACGGCACCUGUUCCCCAUCCAAGUCAUCAAGUGGCGCCCCGCUGAUGACUACCUCGUAGUCGGAUGCUCUGAUGGCUCCGUUUAUGUCUGGCAGAUGGAUACAGGGGCCUUGGACCGCUGCGUGAUGGGCAUUACUGCUGUCGAGAUACUCAAUGCCUGUGAUGAGCUGGCUCCGGCCACCGUGGACGCCCUGAGCCAUUCGGCAGUGAACCUGAAGCAGGCAAUGACUCGCCGGAGCCUGGCGGCGCUGAAGAACAUGGCUCAGCACAAACUGCAAACACUCGCCACCAAUCUGCUGGCAGCAGACAACGCUGACAAGGGAAACCUGCCCAAAUAUUCUCACAAUGCACUGGUGGUCCAGGCAAUGAAGACCAACCUCACGGAUCCUGACAUGCAUGUGCUGUUCUUUGACGUGGAAGCCGUGAUCAUCCAGUUGCUAACGGAAGAAGCUCAGAGGCCAAAUCCCAUGCUGGUGUCCCCUGAGACGCUGCAGAAAAGCCAGACUGGCGCUGACAAGGGAGGCUCUUUCCUGGCCAACAAGAUCUUCAAGCAGGUAAAAGAAACAAUGAAGGAGACCAUCAAGGAGCACCUUUUGGACGAAGAUGACGAAGAGGAGGAGGAGAUGAGGAGGCGCGAGGAGAAGUCAAAGUCCUUGAGUCUUCUGGAGUACAACCUUACAAUGGACACCGCCAAACUCUUCAUGUCCUGCUUGCACGCCUGGGGUCUCAACGAGCAGCUGGACGGUAUCUGUCUGGAAAGACUUGGCAUGCUUAGGCCACACUGCCCCAUUUCUUUUGGUCUCAUCUCCAGAGGAGGUCACAUGUCCCUCAUGCUGCCCACCUUCAAGGAGUCUUUGCUGCGGCAGUUGUCCCUUGCAACAGGCCGCAAACUGACUUUGUCAGACAUUGUUGGCAAGGGGACAUACGGCGUGUCAAGGGCGGUCACUACGCAGCACCUCCUGUCCGUCAUCUCCCUGGCCAACACGCUGAUGGGCAUGACCAAUGCCACCUUUGUCGGCGAGCAUAUGAAGAAGGCACCGGCCAGGCCUCCCAGACCAGGAGGAACCCCGGAGACUCCUCGUAGGACGCCGGCCACACCCCCUCAGCCCUCCAACCCGGCACUACAAGCCCAGAUCAAACAAGCUGCGGUAGCCACCACAGCCGGCACCAAAGUUUCUGCUACCGUUACAACGGCGGGGCCCCCGGGGGCUCCUGGGGUUGUUGUUCCUCAGAGGGCCCCGGGCUCCCCCAGCCCUGGUCCUGCUUCUCAUAGCAUCCCCUCGGUCAAUGAAGGUUGGAGCCAGCUGGCAGCAAUGCACUGUGUCAUGCUCCCUGACCUCUUGGGCCUAGACAAGUUUAGACCUCCACUACUUGAAAUGCUGGCGAGGAGAUGGCAGGACCGCUGUCUCGAGGUACGUGAAGCAGCACAAGCUUUACUGCUGGCUGAGUUGAGAAGGAUCGGCCAAUCAGGGCGCAAGGACACCAUUGAUUUGUGGGCUCCUUACCUGCCUCAAUACGUGGACACAGUCAGCUCCCCCGGCGCAUCCACCGAACCCUCGACUCCGGCUCCGCCCCCUCCUGAAGCGCAACCAAUUGAGGCCAAGGCUCCCGAGGAGGAAAUGGACGUCACUGAUGAUGACAUUACGGCAGGCUGCCUCUCGAACCUUCCGCCGAAUGCCAAGAAGAUCUCCAAUUCGUACGAGGAGCGACGCAAACAGGCCACGGCCAUCGUGUUGCUGGGUGUCAUCGGGGCGGAGUUUGGGGCUGAGAUUGAACCUCCAAAAGGUGCCGCACGUACUCGGGCCGGCGGCCAGGUCCCCGAAGGCUUUGGACCAACAAGUGGCGGUUCUUCAAACUAUUCCCUGGCUCGACACACGUGUAAGGCCCUGACCUUCCUGCUACUGCAGCCCCCCAGCCCAAAGUUGCCACCGCACAGCACAAUCCGUCGCACCGCCAUCGAUCUGAUCGGCCGGGGCUUCACCGUGUGGGAGCCGUACAUGGACGUGUCUGCCGUGCUUAUGGGGCUGCUGGAACUCUGCGCUGAUGCCGAGAAGCAGCUGGCCAAUAUUACCAUGGGUUUGCCGCUCAACCCACCAGCAGAUUCGGCGCGCUCAGCUCGACACGCCCUCUCUCUUAUUGCGACUGCCCGGCCGCCAGCCUUCAUCACCACCAUUGCGAGAGAGGUCCAUCGAUACAAUGCAGCCCAGGCCAACUCUCAGUCACAACAGAACGUUCACACCACCACUCUGGCCCGAGCCAAGACUGAAAUAUUGAGAGUGAUUGACAUCCUGAUCGAGAAGAUGCCUGGAGAUGUUGUCGACUUGCUCGUUGAGGUGAUGGAUAUCAUCAUGUACUGUAUCGAAGGAUCUCUGGUCAAGAAGAAAGGGCUGCAAGAGUGUUUUCCUGCUAUUUGCAAAUUCUACAUGGUGGGUUACUGCGACCGCAGUCACCGCAUUGCUGUCGGCGCUCGACAAGGUUCAGUGGCCCUCUAUGAUGUUCGCACUGGAAAAUGCCAGAAUAUCCACGGUCAUAAGGGUCCAAUCACGGCGGUGUCGUUUGCCCCCGACGGCCGUUACCUGGCAACCUACUCCAACGCUGACAGUCACAUCUCCUUCUGGCAGAUGAACACCAGUCUGCUGGGAAGCAUCGGCAUGUUGAAUUCAGCCCCCCAGCUGCGCUGCAUUAAGACCUACCAGGUUCCCCCAGUGCAGCCGGCAUCUCCCGGCUCCCAGAACCACUUGAAGCUGGCCCGCCUCAUCUGGACCUCCAACCGUAAUGUCAUCCUGAUGGCGCAUGAUGGCAAGGAGCACCGCUUCAUGGUUUAAAGGGGAUUGGCUUCUUGGAGAAAUCGCAUCAACGUGGAGCUUUGAGGUUUUGCGGUGAGGCCACGGCG